AGUGGGUGUCCCGGGACGGCGGCGGAGGCGGAGGGAGACGCGGGGGGCCCGGCGCGUUGCCAGGCCCGGGCGGCAGCGGCAGAGGAGACCGCGGGCGGGGCAGCCGAGUUUUCCGGAGGCCCCGCCUGAGCGCGCGCGGAGGAGCCCGAAAGCAGGAUGGCGGCGUCGGCCCUGUACGCCUGCACCAAGUGCACGCAGCGCUACCCCUUCGAGGAGCUCUCGCAGGGCCAGCAGCUCUGCAAGGAAUGUCGGAUUGCACAUCCCAUUGUUAAAUGCACUUACUGCAGAUCAGAAUUUCAGCAGGAGAGCAAAACUAACACAAUUUGUAAGAAGUGUGCUCAAAAUGUCAAGCAAUUUGGAACACCUAAGCCUUGUCAGUACUGUAACAUAAUUGCAGCAUUUAUUGGUACCAAGUGUCAGCGUUGCACAAAUUCAGAAAAAAAAUACGGACCACCUCAGACCUGUGAACAGUGCAAACAGCAAUGUGCUUUUGAUCGGAAGGAGGAAGGAAGAAGAAAAGUUGAUGGGAAGUUACUGUGCUGGCUGUGUACCUUGUCGUACAAGAGAGUUUUACAGAAGACGAAGGAACAGAGGAAGAGUUUGGGCUCUUCACAUUCCAAUUCUUCAUCCUCAUCUCUUACUGAGAAAGACCAGCACCAUUCAAAACACCACCACCACCACCACCACCACCACCAUCGGCACAGCAGUGGCCACCACAAAAUCAGCAGUCUAAGUCCUGAGCAGGAGCAAGGACUGUGGAAACAGAGCCAUAAAUCCUCUGCAGCAAUUCAGAAUGAAACUCCAAAGAAAAAGCCCAAAUUGGAAUCUAAGCCAUCUAAUGGAGAUAGUAGCUCUAUAAACCAGUCAGCAGAUAGUGGGGGAACAGACAAUUUUGUCCUCAUAAGUCAACUGAAAGAAGAGGUGAUGUCACUUAAGCGUCUCUUACAGCAAAGAGACCAGACUAUUUUGGAAAAAGAUAAAAAGUUAACUGAACUGAAGGCAGACUUUCAGUACCAAGAGUCAAAUUUGAGAACUAAGAUGAACAGUAUGGAAAAAGCGCACAAAGAAACUGUGGAACAGCUUCAGGCCAAAAACAGAGAACUACUCAAACAGGUUGCAGCCUUGUCAAAGGGUAAAAAGUUUGACAAGAGUGGAAGCGUGCUAACAUCUCCUUGAGAAAGUCACUUGUUUAGCGUUUCUGCCUGACAGUGUGUGUGCGGGGUCUGUGAAACCCUUAGAUUCUGUGCAGUGCAAAGAUAUUUUUACAUGCCAAGUACAUUGGUAUGUUUCCUAUUCACUUUUGUAACUGACACACAGCGUUUUUUAAGUUGUAAACAUGCAGAUAAAACUUCAGCUGGUUUGGAGUGUCUUCUUAAUUCUUUGAUACCCAGAACUUUUUUCUAGCAAUAGUAUUAACGGUUGUGGAGUGCACAUGUGUGCGCCGUAUAAAAUGCAACAUGCAAUAAUGGUGUGGUUGGAAGAACAGCAGCAGGGGUUUGUGUUUUGCUUUUGUUUAACACUAUGCUGAUUUCAAAUAAAUAGUUUUCAAUUUAGAAAUGCAAAACUUUUAGACAAGGAAAAUGGUGAACCUGGUUUUUUGGGAAUUGUAUUUUUACUUCAUAUCAACAUGGAUUUAGAGAAUCAUGGUGCUUUUAUUAAAAGAGCUUCAGAGUAUAUGUAAAUAUGUUUUUAAAAGUUACAUCACUAACAUUAGUUUAGCAAUCUAACAUUUCAUUACUGUUAUAGGAUUGAUGUUUACUGUACAGCAUCCAAGGUAAAAUGUUUUUGUUUUGUAAAAACUGUAGAUUUUUACUUACAAGUGCCUUUUUGCCACCUGAUGUUUUUAUUUAUAGGAAUGCUGAUCUUUUGUACAUAUGGUUUGUUUAAAAAUCAUGUUAAUAUGUGUUUGUAUAUAAGUGCAUAUGUACAGAACCCAAUUUCAAAAAGAUCAAAGUUAUUAGUAACAUGCAGGAUUGCAUAUUAAGAAUUAACUGAUAAUGCAUAUAGACUUUAGGUGAUUUUGUGGUUUGCUGCUGUAUCAUAAGGGAAGCUGUUGGUCAUUGAGUUCAUUUAAUUAUGUUGGAGUACUUUCCUAAAGAUUAAUUUUAACUCCAUUUUGAUAGAGUGAUUUUAUUUUUAUGUUAUGUGGCUUCAUGUUUAUAUUUUGUGAGUUAAAUGUUUUGCUUUAUUUUUAUAUAAAAUUUCUUUAAAAUUUAUAAUGUUUCUAUAACGGUCCAUAUAUCUUGCUUUUUUUUUUUAAAUAAUGUGUUGCUAAGUUAAUAUUUAUGUACACCAUUCUUUGUAAAUUUUAAUAGAAAUCUGGAAAAUUAAAUAACUUUUUAUAAACAAAUCCGUGCUUAUGUCUGAAUGAUUGAAAUCUGUAAGAUUCAGACACUAUUUAUAAGUAAUUUGUCUCAAAGAAUAAAAUUGUCUAUAAAAGGUUAAGAUAGUGUGGGAUAGAUUCUGAGAAAUUACAGAUUAGUUUCUGAACUGAAAUGAUUUUCAGCCUAUAACCGAAAUUGGUCUGCUUAAUGUUAGUUCCGGCUCCACGGUGAAUUUUAAAACCUCAGGCAUUGCUAGAGACACCCUAUGACUUCUUUCUCCGAAAU